CUCACGAAGCGCAUACACCGCAUUCAGCUGUCGCUAUGGCCCGUACCAAGCAAACCGCUCGCAAGUCCACCGGAGGCAAGGCUCCGCGCAAACAACUGGCCACCAAGGCCGCUCGCAAGAGUGCCCCAGCCACCGGCGGAGUCAAGAAGCCCCAUCGCUACAGGCCCGGCACCGUCGCCCUUCGUGAAAUCAGACGUUACCAGAAGAGCACUGAGCUUCUCAUCCGCAAGCUGCCCUUCCAGCGUCUGGUUCGUGAAAUCGCUCAAGAUUUCAAGACUGACUUGCGUUUCCAGAGCUCGGCCGUCAUGGCCCUGCAGGAAGCCAGCGAGGCCUACCUCGUCGGUCUCUUCGAAGAUACGAACUUGUGCGCCAUCCACGCCAAGCGUGUCACCAUCAUGCCCAAGGACAUUCAGUUGGCCCGUCGUAUUCGUGGAGAACGCGCUUAAGCUAUAAUAAAUCUAGAUAUACUAAAUCAACAGUCCUUUUCAGGACUACAUAUAUAUAAAACGAGGAAAUCAAUUCAUUUGCAUAUUUUAAAAUUUUGAUUUCAUAUUUUUGUUAGUAAUUAGUAAAAAUGAAUGUCAAUUAAAUCAUGUUGAUGUUCUUUUGUUUUAAACUAAUCUUUAAACAAAUUGUUCGGUUUAAAUAAUAGUAAAGUGGAAAGGAAUCGCACUGACGUUAUUUUUUGAUUCGAGUGCAGAGGUUGUCUGGAAUAAGAUUGUUAACUGGGGGUACCAUAAUUUAAGGAAAUAAAAGUAUCAAGUUUUUCAGCUCAUUUAGUUGCUGAAUUUCGCAACGGCUACUCAUUGAAAAGUGUAAGUUUAUAUGAUUAAUUAUCAAAACGAAAGUUAUCUUAAAAGAAUGCCCUUUCUAGAC